AUGGCAGGAUGGGAUCUCUUGAAGAUACUUCUUGAUGAGGUCCAGGAACAUUCAACGCUUGUUGGGAAGGUCUGGUUGACCGUUCUUUUUAUCUUCCGCAUUCUCAUUCUCAGUCUAGCAGGAGAGUCUGUUUGGGGAGAUGAACAAUCAGACUUUAUUUGUAAUACUGAACAGCCUGGCUGCUCCAAUGUUUGCUAUGACAAGGCGUUUCCCAUCUCUCAUGUCCGAUAUUGGGUGCUACAGUUUCUGUUUGUUAGCACCCCAACACUAAUUUAUCUUGGUCAUGUGAUAUAUCUGUCAAGAAGAGAGGAGAAGUUGAGACAGCAGGAAAAUAUGCUUAAAGCUAAGGAGUUAACUGAAUCACAGCUGGAGAAUGACAAUAAACAGGAAGAGCCCAUCAAGAAGUUAAAGAUCCAAGGAGCAUUGAUGUGUACCUACACUGCUAGUGUUAUCUUUAAAAGCCUUUUUGAGACUGGUUUCCUUAUUGGCCAGUGGUACCUGUAUGGUUUUGUUAUGCUUCCGGUGUAUGUGUGUGAGAGGGUUCCAUGUCCUCACAAGGUUGACUGUUUUGUUUCACGUCCCAUGGAAAAAACUAUUUUCAUUCUAUUCAUGUUGGUAGUAUCUCUCAUAUCCCUUUUACUUAACCUUCUGGAACUUGUACACCUAUUCUCCAAGAACUUCCAUCCUACCACAACUAAAAUAAAAUCUUGCUCUACAGUGGGGAGCCUUUCAUAUGUGCUACCUGACAAACUCAAGAAUCAUCAAACGUCCUUGCAUACUUCUUCCAGUGACCCAGACACAGAACUUCCAGCAUAUAAUAAAAUGUCAAGUGAACUAAAUUGGGGCAGUAAUCAGAAAAAGCAAAAUUCAAACAGCCUCAUCAAGGCAAAGACUCCUGAUGGGUUUUCCCAAAGUAGUAUUUCUGUACUAGUUUCAGGUGCCCCAGGUCAAGCAGGCAGCAGUGUUCCCAUUACUUGCCAUUCCCCAUCUACUGUUAAGCAACAGUAUGUGUGA